GACGCCCCUGCCUCCUGCUUCCGCUCGUACUGUCGGGUGGUCAAGAGGAAGGAUACCCGAAGAGCCAAGAUGGGAGUAGACAUUGAGACCAUAACUCCGGGCGAUGGACGGACAUUUCCGAAGAAGGGGCAGCGCGUCGUGGUGCACUAUGUCGGCACACUGGCAGACGGGAAAGUGUUUGAUUCUUCGAGGUCCCGAGGGAAGCCGUUCAAAUUCAAGAUUGGACACCAGGAGGUUAUUCGUGGUUGGGAAGAAGGAGUAGCGCAGAUGAGUGUAGGUCAGCGUGCAAAGCUGGUUUGCUCACCAGACUUUGCCUACGGCAGCAAAGGGCACCCGGGGAUCAUCCCACCAAACGCCACUCUCACCUUCGACGUGGAGCUGAUCAGUCUGGAAGCCUGAAACUCGUGCACUCACUUUGUUAAAUUCCACUCAAAUUUUCAGGGUUGACCCCUAUCUCGGGAACAUGGAGGAACAAUAAUAACAGAUGAUUCCUGCUCUUGAACCCUGCAUAGGACCUAUGUCUAUAUAUAUUCACUAGUUCACUCUCCUUUUACAUCUAAAUACAAAUUGUGUUUAGUCACUUGCUUUAAAACGUUAUCCUCCAUGCUAUUCUUUAGGUUCCAUACUGAAAUAAGUCAUAGGCCAUCCCAUGUUUUCUUUUUUGUCAUAUUCUGCUAUGUAUUUUUUUUUGUGUUUUUUUUUUUUUCUUCUUUCUCUUAAACAUUUAUAAAUUGUGUCUACCAUCGGGACCAGGUUUUAGAUAAGUGUCAUAAGUACUGAAUCAAUCUCAUUCCUGUGGCUCUGUGGCCUUUACACUAAAAUUGUAUUGAUUGCGGGUAAUUAAUUGUCUUGGAUAAAAAAAAUAAGAAUAAAUUGUUUGACAUAUUUCUAUGAA